GUAGUUCAUUAUAUUACGAUUUAACUUAAAAAGCACGCGACCAAGCAGCAACUAAACAGUUUAUUUUAAAUCAUGUUGCGAAACGUACGUAAAAAAUCCAUAAGCAGCUCGCCUUUGUGCUGGCUUCUCUUGCUAAGUCUGGCAGGACUUUCCUUGAGCCAGGCAUUAGAUGAGAUCGAUGGACGUGUUGUGGGUGGCGCGGCAGCUCCAAUGAAUAGUGCUCCCUAUAUUGUUUCAAUGCAGUACAGGGGAACUCAUUACUGCGCGGCCAGCAUUUUGAACUCCAAGUGGUUGGUGACUGCUGCACAUUGCUUGACCAACAAAGCCCAGGUGUGUGGUACGACACUCGUUGCUUGCAGCAACGCUGUGGCUGGAACUGCCUCAACAACGCAGAAGCGGAGCAUUGCUCAUUUUAAAAUUCAUGAUUUGUAUACGGGCGGACCAGCACCCUACGACAUUGGCUUGAUUUAUACGGAAACAGCUUUCACAUGGAGUUCUGCAGUGGCUGCUGUUAAAUUGCCCAGUUCUGGCUCCAAGCCAAAAGGAACGGCCAAUUUAUAUGGUUGGGGCAGCACUUCAACGGGCAAGACUCCAUCAUAUCCCAGCGUGCUUCAAGUUGCUGCAAAUUUGCCUAUACUUGAGCAUAGUGUUUGUGACAAGGCUUUGACCCAGAAAGGUGCGAACUUACAUGAUACAAACAUAUGCACAGGCUGCUUAGCAAAAAUAGCGCUAUUUGAAUAA